AGCCCCAUUCUCCGUCCUGACGUCCUUCCUCGAUGCUGGUCUGGUGUGUGUGUGACUGUGUGUGAGACACGCUGCUUAUUUUGAAGAGGAAGAUCUAAACCUAAUUUUUUUGCACUUACACAGAGAGAGAUGUUCAGACGGAUUUCUCUCUCUUUUCUCGCCCCCUUUGUUUGAGAUCUUUACGCUUAUGCUUAGGAGGGAUUAAGACGGGUGAAAAGGUGCCAGUUUGUGUUCCGUCUGUAGGCUGAUUUCUGGAUUUCUUUCUUUUUUUUUUUUGUAAAAAAAAAAAAAAAACCCGAUUCAUUUAUUUUCCUGGAAAUGUACAGAGAGGAAGUCUCUCUGAAGGUCAGCCCCUCUGCAUCGGAGCGGAAUUCUUCAGUCUUUUACCAUUUGAGACAGAAUUAGAGUCUAGAUUCUGAUUCUCGGCUCGAUUUUACAGCUUAAAAGAGGUGUUAAAUGGGAAGCGGUGCGGUUUUAAUGGACGUGGAAACGCAGCUCGAGACAUUCGAUCAUUUCUCUACAAAACCCGAGCCGCUCCAGUCAGACUGAUGCAGACGAAAAGGCCACAAAAGGGCAAAACUUUCGUCUCGGUCACAUUUUCUGUUUGUUUGUUUAUUUCUGCGUGUGGACACAAUACAGUAAAGCACGUAAAUAUGGGGAUUAUUUGAGCAAACCCGUGUUGUUGUAGCAGAAGUGAGCCCGGUCCAGUCUGGCUCAUGCACAGGGCUUGUGAUUGAUUGUGAUUCUCCCCAAGAGAACAGGAGUGAUGGAGCAUACGGACAAAUGACAGCGGAUUCUCUUUACCAGACUCCAUUUCACACACAGGAACAGAUCAAGUGUCGUUGUCGAAGCUGAAAGACCUCAGGGAACCAUGUCUUCUUCUCGGGCAACGCUUCAGACCGACAGGAAUUCAGACCACCAUGCUUCACUCUCUGCCAGCCGAUCGGACAAGGGCUCAACCUGGUCGAAUAGGUCGCUGGGAGCUCGCUGCCGUAACUCCAUCGCCUCCCUCUCAGACGAGCAUCCACACAUCGGCAACUACCGGCUGCUCAAAACCAUUGGCAAGGGCAACUUUGCGAAAGUGAAGCUGGCACGCCACAUCCUCACUGGCAGAGAGGUUGCAAUAAAGAUAAUUGACAAAACUCAGCUCAACCCAAGCAGCCUGCAAAAACUUUUUCGAGAGGUCCGCAUUAUGAAGAGUCUCAACCACCCAAACAUAGUUCAGCUCUUUGAAGUGAUUGAAACGGAGAAGACAUUGUACCUUAUAAUGGAGUAUGCCAGUGGUGGUGAAGUGUUCGACUACCUCGUGGCCCAUGGGAGGAUGAAGGAAAAGGAAGCAAGGGGUAAAUUUCGACAGAUUGUAUCUGCAGUUCACUAUUGUCAUAAGAAGAAGAUUGUUCAUAGAGAUCUAAAGGCAGAAAACCUCCUGCUCGAUGCAGAUUCCAACAUUAAAAUUGCAGACUUUGGCUUCAGUAACGAGUUCACGCUGGGCAGUAAGCUGGACACGUUCUGCGGAAGCCCACCUUAUGCCGCUCCUGAGCUUUUUCAGGGCAAGAAAUAUGACGGGCCUGAGGUGGAUAUUUGGAGCUUGGGGGUCAUUCUCUACACAUUGGUCAGCGGAUCACUGCCCUUUGAUGGCCAGAACCUCAAGGAGCUGCGUGAGAGGGUGCUGAGUGGGAAGUAUCGAGUGCCGUUCUACAUGUCCACUGAUUGUGAAAGUAUCCUACGCAAGUUCUUGGUGCUCAACCCUUCCAAGCGCUGUACCCUGGAGCAAAUCAUGAAAGAUAAGUGGAUGAAUGUUGGCUAUGAGGCAGAUGAGCUGAAGCCACACAUAGAGCCUGUGGAGGACUACAAUGACCCGGGAAGGAUAGAUGUAAUGAUAGGAAUGGGCUUUUCUCGUGAGGAGAUCAAGGAAGCUCUGACCACUCAGAAGUACAAUGAGAUUACCGCUACUUACCUGCUGCUGAGCCGCAGGAGCGAGGAUGCCACUGACUCCAGGUCGAGUAGUACUCUGUCACUAGCACGAGUUCGACCCAAUCCUGUAACCAAUGGUACCAGUAAACACUCCUCCACCUCGUCAUCAAGCUCGGCCUCCACUACCCACAACAAACCCCAGCGUAGUGCCUCCACCUACCACCGUCAGAGGCGGCACAGUGACUUCUGUGGUCCAGCAGCAACUACUGCACACCCUAAACGCAGCCCAACCAGCACAGGAGAGUCAGACUCAAAGGAAGAGCGUUUGGCCACGAGAAAGGCAGGAUCAAGUGUAGUGGGGAGUCGUAACAUCCCACCCUCCAGCCCAAUGGUCAGCACAGCUAACAACCCCAACAAAUCUGAGAUCCCUGAUCGCCGCAAAGAAGCUGCUGUCCCCUCAAACAACGUACCAGCAAGUGCCAUGUCCCGCAGAAACACAUAUGUAUGUACAGACCGUUCCAACACUGAUAGACACUCCUUACUGCAGAACGGCAAGGAGAACAGCUCACAUUCUCAUCGUUUACCUCCAGCCUCUCCCUCCACUCACAGCAUAUCUGGUGCAGGGGGCGCUUCAUCUUCCUCAGCCGAACGUUCCCGCCUGAGCCGAGGCUCCACUGUUCGCAGCACUUUUCAUGGGGGUCAGCUCCGGGAACGCCGGAUGCCUGCGCAUGCCCCACCAGCCUCCCCCACUUUAUCCCGCGAUGCCAGCCCGCUGCCCCACGCCCGCACUCGCGCCAGCUCAAACCUCUUCAGCAAACUCACCUCCAAACUUACACGCAGGGUCACAGACGAACCUGAGAGAGUCUGCAGAUCUCCGGUCACAAGUCGCCAUCUAUCUGGGUAUCAAAAAGCGGCAGAGCCCCGGACCCCUCGAUGCAGCUGGGAUGUGAAGGUGCAAAGCACGCGGGUCCCGGCCGAGGUGGUGCUAGCAGUUCGUGAGGCGGCACAGGGCUGUGGUUGCCAGGUACACCAGGCUGGCCCGUUCCUCCUCUCCUGUACACAUGGUGCUGCCGGCUCCCGUGUGGCAUUCGAGGCUGAAGUAGGCCACUUGCCCACAGAUGCCAGUGGGGUCCGCUUUAAACGCCUAUGGGGGGCACCAGUUGCUUUCCGGGACAUCGCUACCAAAGUGUCCAAAGAGCUGGAACUUUAAACAGCAACAGGGGAGAGGGGUAUGGGAGUAAAGCAGGGGGCAAUAAAACAGAAACCUCCCUAUGCCACCUGCACUUUCUGUGGGCUCAGACUCUGCAACAAACACGAAGAGCUUCAUGGCUGCCACGUACGAGGCCCCACUGACUACUACUCUGUGUCUUAGCCAAUCUAUUUGCUAUUCCAAUUUUGACAGACACUGAUGGUCACCACGGUGUCUCUGUCUUUCAUGUCAUUUCCUUUUAACAGCUGCUAUUUAAUACAUUUUGAACAUUUUUUUUUCUUUUUAGUGAUCCUUUAAAAUUUGCACCAACCUGAACACUUCAAUUAUCAGACCAGUUCUUUUGUGUGUAUUUUAUACGAACAUUUUCUUUGGUUGAAAAACAGCCUAAACACAGGAUUAAGAGCUGCCUAAUAGGAACAAAAAGCUGUUAGAAACCUGUGUGAUACUUUGGGAUAAGUGAUGGCUGCUCUUCUGAGCCACUAACAUUGUAGCCUUUAUGGCUUUUUUUUUUGUCUGCAUUUCAGCAGUCUCAACUUCUGUUGUUCGGUAGCACUUUAGGGUUGAGUGAGCAUCACUAUUUUUUUAAUUGUGUUCCCCCCUUAAAUGGUACACUUCACCUGUCAAGCCAAGUCAAAACACAACACUUCUUCUGUUCUGUAAGUAUUAUGCUGAUGAGAAGCUUCUCUUAUACAGCCAAAAAAGAGGAUUCUUCUCAAUGGACAUGAGACAUGCAGCUCUCCAUUGAUUUGGUUGAACCGGUCACCACCUUAAAAAAGGAAAUAUGUACAUGCACUGUGCAAAACUGAUUGGUUCAGCAUUUGUAUGAAACCCUGGAGUGUGCUAGUCUAGUCGUAGCCUUGGAGUCAUCUAACAGUUGUAGACUGUACUAUAUUUUUGAUAAUGUGUCAAGUGUUUGGGUGCUAAAACAUCUGCCAAAUUAUCCUGUGAUAUAAUUUCAGUACUGUUUGACGUAGAUUACUUUAGUAUUCUUAGCUCAAAAAGACCUCUUUACGUCAGUGUCAUUAUUUGUGUGUGCUGUAGUGGGAUGUAAUGAUGUUAGGUUGUAAAGAGAUAUACUUACCCUCCAAAACCAGCUAUCCUACAUUUUAUAGCUGUACAAUUCCUAUGAGCACUGUUCUGAAAAAUGUAAGGCACAAGGUCUAUCUAAAGAGUAGGUUCCAAAAUUUCACUGAACAAUUCGCAAAAAUUAAAAAGACAGACAGUAAUUGUUAGUAAAACACAAUCUACCACCAAGAUAACCAUUUUCCUUGCAUUUAUUUUAAUAUCUUAUUAUGAGAUAUUUUUAAUAACUAAUUUGAAAUAGUCUUAUUUUGUUGGCAGUAGGUUUUUAUCAUUUAUGCAUUAAAUUGCAGUAAGAAAUAUUUGAUAAAUUUUCUUAUUAUCCAUCAUAAGUAUUUUUUUCCAAUGUAAAAUCCAUGUCUUUUUGAUAUAGGCUUUGGAGAAAAUGAUCAUGGGUUUCUUAGUCUUGCUGUGUAUUGGUUCUCUGUUCUGGUGGUGUCGGUCCAUGGGUUCUAACCUGUGGUUAGAAUGGAUGCCAGAAUGUACCAGUUCACUUUUACAGUUAAUUAGCAUUUGCAAUUUGCAGCUCAGUCUGCUUCCUUAAUGACUUGUUGCCUUGCUGUUUCAGUUAGUGUGGAUUUUGGUUCCAGUCCGGAGCAAAUUCAGUCAAGACAAAGUUUGAAUUGCUCUCAAAAAAUUAUUAUAUUCAAACCUAUUAUAUACAGACGUUACAUACAAAAAGAAUCUCUUUAUUCUAGCAGUGUGUGUGUGUGUGUGUGUGUGUGUGUGUGUGUGUGUGUGUGUGUGUGUGUGUGUUUGGGGGGAUAAAUUUGAAUUUUCAAUUAAAACACUGUGGCUUUUGGUCUUUAGUUAAUAAACAUAAGUAGUCUUAACCCCUGAAACCAGCUGGACCUGUGAGCAGGUCAAGCUGUACAUUCCUCAUUCAUAUGUGUGAACAUGCAACCUUUUGGUUUUACUGUAAUUGCAAAAGAAUUCAUAAUAGUUAUAAAAUCUCGAUAUGCUUAAGGGGUUAAGUACUCAGAACACUGUUACAUUAAGUAACUGUUUUACAAACUGGUCCUCAGGGAUCCCAGAUGCUCCACAUUUUGCAGUGUCACAGCUCCCAGUACACCUAAACUCCAGAGAAGCUUGAAUAUCUGGUGCAGAUGUGUUAGGAAGACAGACUGAGGACUGGUUUGGAAACACUACAAUAAGUGCUGUUUUAAAAUAAUAGCCUCUGCUGGUCAUAUGGCUUGUAAUCACAUCACAGUAAGAUGUAGCCUUAGUUACUGAACAAAAAUGCCUUUUUAUUUCCUUUCAAAUACAUACAGCAUCAGAAAAAAUGUUUUGUUUUACUCCACUUUUAAGCAGGUUCAGUUAAAAGAAGUAACUUUUUGCUUCAGAGUAAAACUUAUACUGCCUGCUGUGUUUGCAUUGACAGUUUAAUCCAGAGGUAAAUCAUUGCCUACUGUUACUUCUCCUCCUCCAAGGCUAUCUGACUGUAUAAAUAUGUAAAAUUGUGUAGGUAAAUUAUGAUUUUCUUUUGUUCUUUUAAGUUUUAGAUUAUUUUUCUGCCUGUACAUGUACAGAAAGGGGAAUGGCUGAGGAAUAAACUCAUUGAGAAAUAAAA